UCCAACAGCAGGAAAGAGCAGACAGAAGCAGUGUGAUGGUCAAUCAUGUUGGGCUCCUGGAUUCUGGCUGUGUUUUGCAUCUGCCUCUUCUUCCUCUUCAUCAGGAUCCAGAGGCCUAAGAACUUCCCUCCUGGACCACAACCCAUCCCUAUUUUCGGCAACCUGUUUCAGCUCAACAUCACCAAUCCUCUGAAAGAUUUUGAAAGGUUGGCUGAGCGCUAUGGGAACGUCUACAGCCUGUAUAUCGGGAGAAGACCAGCUGUUGUUCUUAAUGGUUUAAAGGCAAUAAAAGAAGCUCUGGUAACCAAAUCUGCUGACUUUUCCGGACGUCCAGGAAACCUUCUGAUCAGCCAUAUCACAGAAAAGAAAGGUGUUAUUAUGGCUGAUUAUGGUCCUGGAUGGAAGGAACAUCGGCGCUUUGACCUCAAGACUCUGAGGAACUUUGGCAUGGGCAAACACUCAAUGGAGGAGAGGAUCCUGGCCGAAAUUAAGCACAUUGUAGCACGAUUGGAAAAAAGUGUUGACAGCACCGUAAAUCCUAAGACUCUGUUCCAUGACGCAGCAUCAAAUAUCAUCUACCUGGUUUUGAUUAGCACUCGUUAUGACUAUGAGGAUAAAACCCUUAAAGAGUAUGUUCGGAUGUUCACGGAAAACACAAAGAUCACCAAUGGAUGCUGGGGAAUGAUUUAUGAUACACUUCCUGCAAUGAGAUAUCUGCCCCUUCCUUUUAAGAAGGCCUUUACAAAUACCAAGACAUUAAAGCAAAGGGCAGCAAACAUGAUCAACAAACACAAAACAACAAGAGUCCCAGGAAAGCCACGAGACUUUGUUGACUGCUAUCUGGAGGAGAUCGAUAAGAGAGUGGAUGGCUCCUCCUUUGCUGAGACUGAGCUCGUGAUGCAUUUGCUGGACCUGCACAUUGCCGGGACUGAUACCACUUCCAACACCCUCCUUACAGCUUUCCUCUAUCUCAUUACUCAUCCAGAUGUUCAAGAGAAAUGCCAGCAGGAGAUCGAUGAGAUUCUGGAGGGAAAAGAUCAUGCAUCUUUUGAAGAUAGGCACAACAUGCCAUACACACAGGCUGUGCUUCACGAGUCUCAGCGCAUCGCUAAUACCGUCCCUCUGAGUGUGUUCCACUGUACCACAAGAGACACUGAACUGAUGGGCUAUAGCAUCCCAAAGGGGACUGUCAUCAUCCCCAACCUCUCCUCAGUGCUGAGUGAAGAAGGCCAGUGGAAGUUUCCUCAUGAAUUUAACCCAUCAAACUUCCUAAAUGAUCAGGGAGCGUUUGAGAAGCCUGAGGCCUUCCUGCCCUUUUCUGCUGGUCCUCGUACGUGUCUCGGUGAAGGUCUGGCUCGCAUGGAACUCUUCCUUAUCUUGGUGACCCUGCUGCGUCGCUUUCAGUUCAUCUGGCCUGAAGAUGCAGGAGCACCAGACUUCACUCCUGUAUAUGGAAUUACGCUUACCCCCAAACCUUACAAGAUGGGGAUCAGGUUGAGACAGGCUGCUAGACAAAUGCAGAAUUAGUCAGGAAAUAUCUGCACACUGACCACAGGAUAAAAAUUUGACUGAAUGUUGAUUUUAAACAACAAUAAAAAAAAGAACCCAUUAUCCUGGU